CCCUCUUCCCCCUCGCUGUCUUCCUCGGCAUGCGCUGCCGCCGACGCCGCUGUGGGCCUGGCUGCGCUCGGUCCGCUCCGUCGCCUUCUCCUCUAAGCGUUUCCUAGCCCGCCGCCAUGGCGAACGUGGCCGACACCAAGCUGUACGACAUUCUGGGCGUCCCGCCUGGCGCCAGCGAGAACGAGCUGAAGAAGGCAUACAGAAAGUUAGCCAAGGAAUAUCAUCCUGAUAAGAAUCCAAAUGCUGGUGACAAAUUCAAAGAAAUAAGUUUUGCAUAUGAAGUGCUGUCAAAUCCUGAGAAGCGUGAAUUAUAUGACAGAUAUGGAGAACAAGGUCUUCGGGAAGGUAGCGGCGGAGGUGGUGGCAUGGAUGAUAUUUUCUCUCACAUUUUUGGUGGGGGAUUGUUCGGCUUUAUGGGCAAUCAGAGUAGAAGUCGAAAUGGCAGAAGAAGAGGAGAAGACAUGAUGCAUCCACUUAAAGUAUCUUUAGAAGAUCUAUAUAAUGGCAAGACAACCAAACUACAACUUAGCAAAAAUGUACUCUGUAGUGCAUGCAGUGGCCAAGGUGGAAAGUCUGGAGCUGUUCAGAAGUGUAGUGCUUGUCGGGGUCGAGGUGUACGCAUUAUGAUAAGACAGCUGGCUCCGGGAAUGGUACAACAGAUGCAGUCUGUGUGUUCUGACUGUAAUGGAGAAGGAGAGGUAAUUAAUGAAAAGGACCGCUGUAAAAAAUGUGAAGGCAAGAAGGUGAUUAAAGAAGUGAAGAUUCUUGAAGUCCACGUAGACAAAGGCAUGAAACAUGGACAGAGAAUUACAUUCACUGGGGAAGCAGAUCAGGCCCCAGGAGUGGAACCAGGAGACAUUGUUCUUUUGCUACAAGAGAAGGAACAUGAGGUGUUUCAGAGAGAUGGAAAUGAUUUGCACAUGACAUAUAAGAUAGGACUUGUUGAAGCUCUGUGUGGAUUUCAGUUUACAUUUAAACACCUUGAUGGACGUCAGAUUGUGGUAAAAUACCCCCCUGGAAAAGUAAUUGAACCAGGAUGUGUCCGUGUAGUUCGAGGUGAAGGAAUGCCACAAUAUCGUAAUCCCUUUGAAAAAGGUGAUCUGUAUAUAAAAUUUGAUGUGCAAUUUCCUGAAAACAACUGGAUCAACCCAGACAAGCUUUCUGAACUAGAAGACCUUCUGCCAUCUAGACCAGAAGUUCCAAACAUCAUUGGCGACACAGAGGAGGUAGAGCUUCAAGAAUUUGAUAGCACUCGGGGCUCAGGAGGUGGUCAGAGGCGUGAAGCUUAUAAUGAUAGCUCUGAUGAAGAAAGCAGCAGCCAUCAUGGACCAGGAGUGCAAUGUGCCCAUCAGUAAACUCUGCAAACAAAUUGCACAGGUGGAUUUUCUUUCCACAUUUGCUCGGUUUGCUUUCAGCCAUCCAGCUGGAGUGUCUGGUCAAUCCAGAUGAACUGAUGGACAUCUGUUGGUCUAUGUGUAACUUUUAAAAUUGGUAUAGUAUCUACAGAGUGUAUAAUUUAAACUAACCACAAAGCUUUACAUCUUCAUUUUGACUGUUCUGUAGCAGAAUAAAGCACUUGAAAGGAAACAAGACUCCCUUUCACACAUGGGUUAUAAGUUUCAGUCCUGGUAUCUGUGCUUGAUUUUUAUCAGUUUUGUGUAGAUUUUAUGUUUCAUAUUUUAAAUCCAAAUCCCACAUUGUAAAGUUUGUGUACAAUUUGUCCUGAAGCUUUGUGUUUGGCUGCACCUGCGUAAGCUGCUACAAAUAGAAUAAAGAAUUUCAUAGCCUGUAUCUAUCAUUUAGAUGCAUGGAAAAAUGGGCUUUGCACACAAUGGGUUUGGAGCUGACUGGGAACAAUGGAGAAAAUAACAUUAGCUGUGGUUGUAAAGUUUUUUUUUUCUUACCCCACCUCUUUUUUGUUUUUUGUUUUUUUACCAUCUUGUGAAAGGUUUCUAAGACUCGAUAAUAAAAAGCAGUUGGUAUAAAUUAUUCUUUGUGUCACAUUUUUAGAAGGAAGAACAUACUUUGAACUGUAAAAUGUAUCUUUAAACUGGAGAAUGUAUCCUUCAUUCUGGUUCUUCAGCAGCCCUUAAAAACCCAUUGACCUGAAGCUUAUGGCUCAGGUACAUGCCCAUUUUAUAGUUUUAAAAGACAAAACGAAAGUUUGACAUGUUGGUAAAAAACAGGCUUUAUGGCUUCAACUGAUGCUUUGUACAGUCAAGGACAUCUGAGUUCUGUGACUCAUAAGUUAUGAUCCUGAGCAUUGGGGCAAGGUUAACCUAGCCUCUGUAUUUCCCCACCACCUCCCCCUUUUAAAAAUAAGGUAACAGCAAAUCAAUAUUAGAACCAUGUCUGCAUAGAACUUGUUAAAAUGCUCUGUUUUCAUUAAAUGUUAAGUUAAAGAUU